AUGCUUAAGGCUCAAGAAGAUAUGCUGUCUAAGUUGGCAAGUUUGUUGGAAGGGAGAAACCUGGAACAUGGAAAGGCCCCUGAGCAAAUGACUGGAGAACCACUUUAUCCUCCAGGGUUUACCUCGGUACAGUCUCAAAAUGUCCAAGGAACGUCUGUUCCUACCAAAGUGCACAUAGAUCCUGUCGGCGUUGUUGUGAAUCUUCAACCAGGACCUAGUUCGCACCCGAAGAAAGAAAAUGACUGGGUACAUAAGGGACGAUCAGCUGUUGAUCCAUUGUUUCCAAGAAAGCUUGACAGGCUCAACAUUGCGAUGGGAACGGUGGCACCACCUCAAAAUGACAAUAGACAAGGGGCAAGGGACCCAAGGAGAGGGAGGCCUCAAUUUGAUCCAAUUCCUGUAACCUAUAAGGAAUUAUUUCACGAUUUAUACGAUCGACAUCUAGUCUCUCCUUAUCAUGUGGUACCUAUACAACCUCCUUAUCCCAAAUGGUAUGAUGCUAAUGUUAAGUGUGAUUACCAUGGUGGGAAUCCUGGACAUUCCAUUGAAAAUUGCACUGCAUUCAAAAAGGUAGUUCAAGCUUUGAGAAGGAGGAAUGUUAUCAAUUUUGGUGACAGUGAACAACAAAAGGUAGCCCAAAAUCCAUUGCCAAACCAUGCUGGAGCCGGGAUUAACACAGUCGUUGAAGAGAAAGGAAAGAGAAUUGUUAUGGAUGUUAGUGAGGUGGAAUCACCCAUGCUUUGGGUAUGGUGCCAAAUGGUUAAAGUGGGAUUGUUGAAGCCUAGUCUAUCAUGUGACCAGUAUAGCAGUGAAGAGGUGUGCCACUACCAUAAUUGCGCAGGACACAAUAUACAACAGUGUCCUGAUUUCUUAAAAUUCGUACAAGGGUUGAUGGACAAGAAAGAAAUCGAAUUCUUCAAAGAAGUGACUAAAAAAGAAAAAGCAGAGAUUUGCGCUUCUGAAGGAUCAUCCAAAGGGAUACACAGUGUUGGUUGUCCCAUCGUCAUUACUCCCAAGAAUCAAGUGAAUGAAAGGGUAGCUCCUUCAACUCCGUUCCCAUACAAAGAUAGUAAACAAGUGCCCUGGAGGUAUGAUUGUCAAAUGAGAGAGGGGGCAAAACAACAAGAAGAAAUAAAUGAAGUAGGGCACUUGACCAGAAGUGGUAGGUUUUUUUUCAAAGAGCCAGAGAAGAAGAUUGCUGCUGAAAAAGGAAAGAAUGUUGAUGUUCAGAUAAAAGAAGACAAACUCAUUAUCAAUGAACUGGGGUCGAAGGAUGAAACAAUGGAAUUCUUAAAAAUUUUAAAACAUAGUGAGUUCGGUGUUGUGGAACAAUUGCACAAGCUGUCUGCCAGUAUUUCUAUCCUAUCACUUCUUUUGAGUUCAGAGGCUCAUCGCAACGUCUUGAUAAAAGUUUUGGACCAGACCUUUGUCUCGAAGGAGUUACCCACAGAAAAGCUGGAGCGACUAGUUGCCAAAAUGCAGGCUGAUAACAUUGUAUCUUUUUCAAAGGAUGAGAUCCCUUCGGGGAUGAUUGACAAUCAUAAGGCUCUACACAUUACAGUUAGGUGCAAAGGACACGUUUUAUCCAGAGUACUUAUAAGCGAUGGUUCAGCGUUAAAUGUAAUCCCCUUGGUGACUCUAAAAAAGCUGCCAGUGGACAGUACCCUGAUGAGGAAUUGUCAAGGCAUGGUUCGAUCUUUUGAUGGAACAGAAAGCGAAGCUGGGGCAGUUUCAUCAACUUUACACCAGAGGCUAAAGUUCGUAUUUGAUGGAAGACUGGUAUGCAUUCAUGCGGAAGAAGACAUUAUUGCUUCAGUUCCUGCAGCCCCAUAUGUUGAAGUGGAAGAACAAGCUGUUGAAUGUCCUUUCAAAUCGUUUGACAAUGCCACGUUUGUGGCCGAAGGCAAGAAAAUCUCAGAGCCUAGAUCAUCAUACUACACCAAAACGGGGCACAAACUGACCCUUGGAAGAGGGACCAAAGGUAGCCAAGGGCUAGGACGUCAGUUGCAAGGACCAGUUGGGCCAAAUUACCCUAUUGCUAAAAGAGACAGGUUUGGUUUAGGGUAUCGACCAACUUUGAAGGAAAAACAGAGGGGCAUCAACAGGAAUCAGGAAUUAGGAGAGGCAAGAUUGACUGGUGAAGACCCAAGUUGA